UGGCAGCAGCCCUCAGUAAACUGGACCCUGAGGACAGUGAACAGAUUAUGGAAUAUUUCAAAACCCAUGUUCUGCUGAUGAGAGAAAAAGCUUUACUCCAGGCGUCUGUGAGAGAGGAGAAGAAGCUGCUGGUAGAAAACGCCAAACUGAAGAAAGACAUCGCUGAGCUGCGACUACAACUACAAGACAAACAGAGGAGACGGGCAGGCAAGGCUCUGCACUCCCUGGCUCCGCCCCCUACAAGACCAGCCCCUAGCCUGCCUGUCAAACAACCUGACUCCUCCCCUCCAGCUGCUGCUGCACCUCCCCAAACCCCCAGCCAGGGAGAGAGACGCAACAGGAGGAGGAGAGGAGAGAAGAAAGCUUGUCCCGGGUUUGAGUCUCUCUCUCUGGGGGAGGAGCCUCGCGUGGACGUCUCCCGCCUCGACAUCCGGAUUGGUCGCAUCAUUAGCGCACGAAGGCACCCACUGGCCGAAGCCCUGUCUGUCCAGGAGGUGGACGUCGGAGAGCCCACCCCUCGAACCGUGGUCAGCAAACUGGGAUCCAAGAUUAACACAGAGGAGCUGCAGGGCAGUCUUGCCGUGGUACUGUGCAACGUUAGACCCUGCAAGCUGAGGGGGGUGGUCUCACAGGCCCGCCUGCUCUGUUGCUCCGCCUCCAUCGAUGAAGUAGAGCUGCUGGCCCCUCCCUCCGGAGCUGUGCCCGGAGACAAAAUCACCUUCCACAACUACCCAGGUGAGCCAGAUAAGGAGCUGCUCUCUAAGGAGCGCGUGUGGGAGAGCAUCCAGCCAGACCUGCACACUGACUCGAGGGGCGUGGCUAACUACAAAGGGGCGGGGUUUGAGGUGAGGGGGAAGGGCCUGUGCAGAGCGCCCACCCUCACUAGUUGUAAAAUCAAAUAAAACGUCAUGAAAUCCCCGACCAGGCGUUAACAAAUAAAAGAAAACCCUU